AUGUUUUUGCUUUCAAAGAAUUCUACAAAUUCAGAUGGUAAAAUAAUGGUGAGAAGGUUUCUUGUAACCUUAAGGCCUUUCAGGUUAUUUGUGGCUGGAAUUGGAUUCUUCACCCUAUGUUUUAUAAUGACCUCCUUUGGCGGACAGUUUUCAGGCAAGAGAGUGGGAGACUCGCCUUUUGGCAUUAGACAAUUAGGCAUCAAAUCUGAAGUGAAAGGAGGACCAAGAAGGACACGUGUGCUGAGGAAAAUGACAGAUAUGCUGGAAGUAAUAGUGAAGCGGAUGGAGCCACUAGCAAAACUGGAAAAUGUGAGCGACUUCAGAAAAUUGGAGGAACUCAGCUCUGCUUUAAACCGUUUCCAACCGGCAGGACUCAUGGAGAAGAUUCAAGCAAUUGCACAAAAUGUUUCCCAUUUAACAAGUAGAGUUGAACAGCUUCUGCAAACAAGCCUUGCUGCAAGAAGAGAAUAUAUUAGAAAGGGAGUUUCAGGCCAAUGUGAGAUUCCCAAAGAUCCAAAUUUCCCUGACUGCCUUGGGAAGAUUGAGUGGAUGAGAGCCAGGUGGACCUCAGACCCUUGCUAUGCUUAUUAUGGUGUUGAUGGCACGGACUGCUCCUUUCUCUUGUACCUCAGUGAAAAAGAGUGGUUUUGCCCCCCACCACCAUGGAAAAAUCGUACUGCUUUCCCUCCCAGGACUGAAACAAAAGUGCAGCAGCAGGCGUUCUAUCGAAUGGACUUCACGCAACUUCUUGAACUCAUGGGCAGUGGAAAGGAAUCGCUAAUAUUCAUGAAAAAGAGAAUCCGGAGAUUGUCAACACAAUGGAUUUUGGCAGUUCAGAGCCUCAGAGAGAAACUUGAGAUGAGAAAGAGGCAACGGAAGAAGAUCUUGGUCCACCUGGGUUUCUUGACUGAGGAAGCAGGCGAUGUCUUCAGCCCUGUGGUGUCAAAAGGAGGCCCAUUGGGCGAGUUGGUACAAUGGGCUGAUAUCUUAGCCACUCUAUAUGUGUUGGGCCACAGCUUGAAGAUUUCAGCUACUUUAAGGGAGCUACAAAGUUUCCUAGGUGUUCCUCCAGGGAGGGGAAGUUGUCCUCUGACUGCACCAUUAUCUUUUGACUUAAUAUACACGGAUUAUCAUGGACUUCAACAAAUGAAACAAAACAUGGGUCUUUCUUUCAAAAAAUACAAAUGUCGGAUCCGGGUGAUUGACACAUUUGGUACAGAGCCAGCCUACAAUUUUGAUGAUUAUGCAAAUCUCCAUGGUUACCGAACAAACUGGGGUCACUGGAAUCUCAACCCAAAACAGUACAUGACUAUGUUUCCACACAGUCCUGACAACUCAUUUAUGGGUUUUGUUGCCGAGAAACUGAACAAUACUGAGAAAGAGGCUAUUCAAUCAAACAAGGUCAACAAUAUGGCAGUUGUGUACGGAAAGGAUGCUAAUAUGUGGAAGCUUCAGGGAAAGGCGAAGUAUCUUGAAGUUAUUAAUAAGUACAUGGAAAUCCAUGGAACUGUUUACUACGAGACACAUUGGCCACCAGAGAUGCCUAUGUUUGUCAAAAACCAUGGCCUACUACCUCAACAUGAGCUACAAAGACUACUAAGGAAAGCAAAGCUCUUCAUUGGAUUGGGGUUCCCAUAUGAAGGUCCUGCCCCUCUGGAAGCCAUUGCUAAUGGAUGUAUUUUCCUGCAACCCCGAUUCAACCCACCUCACAACUCAAAAAACAAUGAGUUCUUCAGAGGGAAACCCACAUCAAGAGAGGUUUCCUCACAGCAUCCAUACACUGAGUAUUUCAUUGGUAAACCACAUGUAUGGACAGUGGAUUUCAAUAAUACAGAGGAACUGGCAUCAGCUGUAAGGACAAUUUCAGCAACCAAGGUUGAACCUUAUCUUCCAUAUGAAUUUACUUGUGAAGGGAUGCUGGAGCGUGUCCAUGCUUACAUCCAAUACCAGGAUCUGUGUGACACAGUAUUUCUAUCAUGGCCUCAGAAUCUUGCACAGCAUUUUGUACCCUCACCUAAUGCCACCAAUCGAAUCACGUUUCCUCAAAAUGUCACUGGACAUUUCUGGUCUCCAAAUGCCACCAAAGUGCUCACCUGGCCUCCUGUAAGCUCAAUGCAAUUCCAAGUAUCAGCAACAGCACAAUCUUGUACGAAUGCCUGUCAAGAGCAUGGACUCACCUGUGAACCAACUUUCUUCCAGUUUAUCAACAAUAAGGCCAUCUUUGACAAGUUCAAUUUUGUCUGUGACAGCAUUGAGUCUGAGGCUAACCAUCUCUAUCCUGCCUUUGAGGAAAUCGCUCAGGACUGUUACCUUCAGAAGCAGAUCCUGCUGUUCAGCUGUGCAGGCCAUCACCCGAAAUAUAGACGACUCUGUCCCUGCAGAGACUUUCGCAAGGGACAAGUGGCACUCUGUAAAGGUUGUUUGUGAAUUUUUGAGCUUUUUAAGCAUGAAGACUGGUUUAAAAAAAAAGAAACCUGACUAUCCUAAUGAUGUAAUGACCCAUCAGCGCUUCCAUCCAAUCCAAAAACCACAUGAUGGACACAUUUCUCCAAGAGAAAUAGUGAAGAAACUGAGGAAAAUCUCCAAGAG